AUGAGUACUCAGGUUUAUGAAUCGUCUAAUUCUGUUAAUGGUCUUUUCUGUCUAAUCUCCGAGGAGAUGCAAUCUCUCUCAAGCUCCUCAGAUGUGGACUCCGCCAACAAAGGUGAGUCCGACUCAAACACCGAAUACAUUCCAGCACUCAGAAGACACACGCACGCUUCCAGCGCCCUGAUGAUCAAUGUCAUAACCCGAGGAAGCGCCAGGCCCACUCAAAGACAAAUGGAACAGCCCAAGGUAAGUCAAAACAUGUCUGAAGCAGGAACAUCAGGCUCAGGGGAGUUUGGCCGCCCUGAGUCGGAUGUUACCAUGCAACUGGAUAAAACAAGAGCUUCUUGA